GAUGCGAGCCGAGGGCGGCCGAGCCGCGGAUCAGCUACCUGUGUGGCCCGGGCGGCCGCUGCCGGGACCUGCCGGAGACAUCGCCAUGUGAAGGGGCAGACCCCGGGCCGGCUCUCCACCCCGCCUCGCUCAAUGGGAGAUUUGUUUGGCUUUACACAGGCAAUGCUCCCAAAGACUGUAUGAUAAUUCCUGGUGGCCAAAAGAGGAGGCACAUUGUGGCCAGUACAGAAAAGGAACAAGAACAGGAGGGCAAGAGCUUCCUACUGCCUCUCGGCAGAGGUACCAAGUGCACAGCCUUGUCUGCAUCCCAGCAAAGUACUGGUUUUCAGGAAGUGAGACUGAGAGCCACCUCGAGGCACUUGGAGAGGAGGAAGAGGACUGGUGCCAGCAUGGAUAAGGACAGCACAAACCUGGCUGACCAGCAGUAUGAAUGUGUGGCUGAGAUUGGGGAAGGCGCCUACGGGAAGGUGUUCAAAGCGCGAGACUUGAAGAACGGAGGUCGCUUUGUUGCGCUGAAGCGGGUACGGGUGCAGACCAGCGAGGAGGGGAUGCCGCUGUCCACUAUCCGAGAGGUGGCAGUUUUGAGGCACCUGGAGACAUUCGAACACCCCAACGUGGUCAGAUUGUUUGAUGUGUGCACCGUGUCACGAACAGACAGAGAGACCAAGUUAACAUUAGUGUUUGAACAUGUGGAUCAAGACUUGACUACUUACUUGGAUAAAGUUCCAGAACCUGGAGUGCCUACUGAAACUAUAAAGGAUAUGAUGCUUCAGCUGUUUCGGGGACUGGAUUUUCUGCAUUCACAUCGUGUGGUGCAUCGGGAUCUGAAACCCCAAAAUAUCCUUGUAACCAGCAACGGGCAGAUAAAGCUAGCUGACUUUGGCCUUGCACGAAUCUACAGUUUUCAGAUGGCUCUUACCUCAGUGGUUGUUACUUUGUGGUAUAGAGCUCCUGAAGUCUUGCUUCAGUCCAGUUAUGCAACAGCAGUUGAUCUUUGGAGUGUUGGCUGCAUAUUUGCAGAAAUGUUCCGUCGAAAACCACUCUUCCGUGGAAAUUCAGAUGUUGAUCAACUAGGAAAAAUCUUUGAGGUAAUUGGACUCCCAGAAGAAGAGGACUGGCCUAAUGAUGUUGCCCUUCCAAGAAAUGCUUUUACUUCCAGACCCGCACAACCUAUUGAAAAAUUUGUACCAGAUAUCGAUGAAGUAGGCAAAGACUUGCUUCUUAAAUGCUUAGCGUUCAACCCAGCCAAAAGAAUAUCUGCAUAUGUUGCCCUCUCUCACCCAUAUUUCCAUGAUCUGGAGAAAUUCAAGGAGAAUCUGGACUGUCACGUGUCAUCCAGCCAAAACUCCAGUGAGGUGAAUGCAUCAUAAGUGCUGACUGAAGAUGAACCAUAAAUGAACAAGACAUGUAGCUGACAAAGCCACUGUCCCAUACAAACCACAUAGCUGUCCUAGCGAGAUCAUUAUUUGGAGGUUUUAUGCACUUACCUUUUAUUUUGGGAUUGUGAUGUGCUUAUCCAUGGAAAUCAAUCUAGUUUACUUUUAUCAGAGCAAUGCAAGGGCCAGGGCUUUGACCUGCUCCUGUUGCAGCUUUAUGUUUGUUUUGGUUUUGUUUUGUUUAUCUACCUGGGAAAACUCCAGAUGAAGAGAAGCUGCUGACCAGUUUUGCUGCCAUUUUAUCCUUCUAAUAUUGAAUGCUGCCAGUGUUUGAUGAUCGAGUCACUGCCAAAAUAUGAUGCAAUCUCUCUCUCUCUCUCUAGCUGCUGAAGCAUGAUUUGGUACUUUAUUAUUGUUAUUCUGUGAUAUUUAAAGAAUGACAUUGAAAUACCAGAUCUCUGCAACCUGCAGUUAACUGAUACAUGCGUUAAUACAUCCAGCUACUGUUCAUUCAUAGUAGAUAAUGCAGGUGCUUCCCCACUUGAAAACCUGGAUGACUUAAUUUAUGAUUUUGUUGCUCUAUAAAAAUAACAGUGAUGAUGAUGGUCAUAAUAAAUGUCUCAGCUUUUAGGUUUUUUCAUACACAAACGAGUUAUUAUCUAGCUAUGUUUGUGUGCAUGUUUCAAAAAACUGUCCUGUUCUUACUGUUUCAAUUUCCAAAUGGUCUUUCUGUGUUGAAAUGCAGACACGUUCUAGUCCAUUGUCUAACCCAUCAUUCCCCCUGGAAACAGCUGCAAGCAUAUUUUCUUCAUCUCAUUCCAAAUAAUUUUCUGAUGUCCAGCUCAAAGACAUGAGCAGAGCCAAUGAAAAUCAAUACAUAUUUUCACCUUGAACCUGUUCUUAUUGUCAGCCAAACACAAAAAUAGAAAAAAUAUUUCUGGGUCAGAAGCAGAGAAUUCUAUAUCUGUAAUAAGCACAGAGAAGUAUUUGUGCUGCAUUGUACUCUGUAUACUGUGCUGCCUUACCAGCAACACCCCCCAAUGCAUCACAAGUGCAUGAACAUUAAUGCUCAAAAUCCCUCACAUGUCACUUACUAAGGAGGCUUGUCUUCUAUGCAGAAAUGCAUGACCUUCUCUCCUAAACCACCAUGUGGAGAUACUAGCACAUGCCUCUCCACUAAGGUUAAUGUACCAUUAUUGAAUGUCAAAAUAACUAAGCAAUUUACUUGUCUUUAUAGCACAGUUAUUUUAAAUAUUACCUGAAAUUUUUAUAUUUAGUAUUUUUACCUUAACUAAAAUAUAUUUUCAGUAUUUUGAGAAGAAACUUUUAUUUUUUUAAUACUGUACUGGGGAAAAAGAAAUAUUUUAAAUCCAUAAAAGCUGUUCCCUAGCAUGACUUCAGUGCAUUUACUUGGACAUGACUUGGGGGAAAAUAUUGGUCCAAUGAAUAUAACUGAUGCUAAGUGAGGCAGCCAGCUUUGCUUACUCCUGUGACUGUCCCUUAGGCUUCUCUCUUCCUCGUCUCUAUUUCAUCUUGUCUAGGUGGUGAGCCAGCACUAUAUCCUCGUGCAUGGCAUGCUUGGCAGAAGCAGGUCUUUAGCAGUGAGUUGGGCAAUGUAACUUUUCCAGCUGUCACAGGGGAACUUGCAGCCAUCUCACAGGCAGGUCUCUCGCUCCUGUGGCAAACCUCACUGUUAACUCUGUUUCAGGUAUCUCUGCUGUCUGGGUCAUGGUCCACUGCUAGGGUAGUAAGUGGAUCUUAUCUCUCUCCUGGAUAAAGCUUUUUGUUACUGUUAGACAUUUAAGUGGGUGAUAUAUGGUUAAAUUAGGUCUGCUUUAAACAAUCCCGGUUUUAAAAGGACCACUUGCAUGCUUGCAUGCAGUGGCCUAUGCUUUUCUUUAAGCCUAGAAUGAGCCUAUGCAAAACUUAACCAGCAUGAACAGGCAAGUUGCAAAUUAGGCCUGGCAAGAGCAUGCACAAAGCAUCUGCACACAGAGAUAUCACAGAUCUGUAACGUCAGAAUUUCAGAAGCUCUGUGAGCAGGAACCUGAAGGCCAGGGAGAUGUCACAACAGCAAAGCUUCUAAUCUUGGCCUUGCCUUUGUCAUUUUCUUUGUUCCUACACCCAAAGGGAACUGCAGACUUACUGCGCUGGUGUUGUACUGCCCUAUUCCUGUGUGGGUUAGUGGACCCAAAUGUGAAUAAUUUUUAACAUUCACAGAAAAGGAUGGGCCAGAGUGAAUUUUUUGCUAGUGAUUUUUAAACACUAAGUAGAACAACAAACAGAGCCAAAAGUCAGGAGACUCUUGCAACAGUAGUAAUUAGAAAAGUUUUUUAUGGAGUUUAGCACUUUUGAAAACAUUCCACAUUUUACCCAGCACAGAGCUAUCUGUCAUACAUACCUUAUCAGGGCAUUCAGCUGGUGUGGCUUCCCAGCAACUGCUCAGGGAAUUCUCCCAGAGCUCUCCACCAACUAAUGUAGGGUGAAAAUGUAGAGGAGGAGAUGAUAUUUUCCAAAUUAUGCUUAAAACUCUCAGAUAGAAACGUGCAUCUGUUCCAUGUAAGACUCUGUUCUAUUAAGCUUAGCAAAGCUUAAGAAUAGAGGAUGUGGUUGCUGAAUGUAGAUUCAUUAUUAGGGUAAAAACAGAAAGGAGGGGAGAGAAUACUUAAAGCCAAAGGUUAGUGUUCGCCCAAAAACUAAUGAGAAUGUGGAAAUCACCAAGAAUUUAACUACUGGAGCAGUAUUUCUCAAUCAUAGUAUCAAAGAGCUAAGCAAGCAGCAGAGAAAAACAGGGCCUGGCUUACAGAGUCAGAGGCAGAGCUUCUGCAACAUGGUGCUGUAUGUUGUCUAAUACAGUAGGAUCAGGUUAUAAAUGAGAGUAUUCAGGAGAACAGUUUCCAAAGGCUGUAUUAAUGGUCACAUUCUGGAACAUCUUUCCAGUGGGAAUGGCAGGAACAAAACCAAGAAAUCUAAGAAUCUUGGCAGGGUUAGGGAAAAUAUUUCUUUAAUGGGGUCCUUGUGGUAGCAAGGGCCUGGAUUCAAAGGACCAACAAUUUUUCAAAUUACCUCCUUUUCCAAAUUAUUCAGGAAGAAAUUCCAUUUGACAUGCCAUAGGCUUAAUCAUAUUCCAGUCUUCCCUGCCAAACCAUGUGGGGCUUCACUUACACUAGUGUACUGAGAAAGCCUGUUCUCUGGCUGGGCAAAGCACUGUCAUUGGCUAAUACCAUGCCAGGAAUGAUAUUUAUAAUUAGACAGCACAGACAGCUGUGGGACUGUGCUCAAACCCAUGCCCUUGCUCUUCUUACGUUACUGGUAUAGCUCUAAUAUUUUAGUACCUUUACUCGUUACUGCCAUAUGUAUAGGAUGUAGGAUUUGUGUAAGUGAAAAAGAAAGUGCUGUGAUGAAAACUCUUUGUACACCUUUAAAGAAGACUUCAGAGUGCAAUUCUUCUUAGUGAUAUCUAAACCUGUAUAUGUUCUCUUCAACAGGAGUGGUUUAACAGCAGCUAAAAAAUGCUGAAUAACAAAAGAUGUAUUAAGUAUAGCUCCUAGAACACCCACAGCCAGGCACUGUGCUCUUCUUAGCAGAGAACAGGGUGUUCCAAGUAAUGGAAGGAGAAACUUCUAUCUCCCACCAACCUUUUUAUUUUUUUUUUUUUUUUGUUUUUUUUUGGUUUUUUUUUGUUUAGUCACUACUACACAGCUCUGCAGAAAAAAACAGCCAAGGAAAAAAAUCACCACAGCCAGCUAGUGAAGUGCUAAUUGCUGAACCAUAGCAAUCCAUCUGGUGCAGCCCUUCUCUCUUCCCCCUGUCCACGUUCACACCUGCCUUCCCGUCCAUCUCCUUCAACUCCCUUCUGUAAACAGGUUUCAGUGAUGCUCACAGGUGCUAUUUCCAGCAAGAUUCUUCCAAAUUUUCCAUAGCUACACAGUGCCAAUGUCCCCUCCAUUCCUAUUACUAAAUGUUGCUUCUUUUAGUCCCAUAGCCUAAACAGUGAUGAGACAAGAAUUUUGUGCACCUCCUUGCUUAGGCUUAGUUUCAUGUACCCCUGUGUUGCCUUCUGUGUGGUUAGUAAAAUUCUAAAAAUAGGAUUUGUGUAUAUUUCUGUGUAGGCUGUGCCCACAGUCCAGGUUUCUUUCAGCCUAUUAGUCCACCAUGAUUAAUAAUAGAGCAUCUUUCCCUGUUGUUUCUGUCCUAAAACACACCAAAAAAUGAGGGCGUCAUGUUUGCAAAAAAAAAAGAAAUUUAGGGCUAUGUGUACAGAGCAUUUUUAAUGAAAGGAAUCACUAAAUUACAGCAUUUGAACAUCUUCUGCAUGGGGGAGGGUUUCCAGCAUGGUAACUCUUCUUUGGUUUUUAUACUCAGUGGUUGUUUUGGGAAUAAGAAGAAAAAUUUGUGCCUUGCUGCUUUUCACAGGUUCACUCACUGUCUUUGAGAAGCAUGUUUUAUUAUACAUGUAAUUUUUUCUGCUGUUAGGUAUUAGACCCACUUUAAUAUGGAAAAUAAAGAGAAAACGUGGUAGUUUGGUCUUUUAGCCAGCAAACUUGGAGCACUUACCUGACUCACAACUGAAAACACAUCAGUUGUCAAAUACAUACAUGAAUCAGAAGCCACAGAGUUUGGUUUAAAAGGCCACAUAAAUUAAUUAUGUUACAUGUAUAAGACACAUUUGAAUAAUGAGGAAGCUUAUUCUAAGAACUAAGUUUUAUAGAACCACUUGGUUAGUAUUUUUCAUAUGCAGUAGGUUCAGGAAUAGAUUGACUUUUAUAUACAAUGUGAAUUAGAAGUUACUAGGCUAUUUGAGUGAUUUUGUUGUUUUAUGCUGGAAGCUUGAAUUGAUUGCAAGCUUAGGAACCUAACAUAUUUAUUUUAUUGCUUCAAAACUGCUUCUAAAUAUCAAGAUCUUUUUUGAUGUUAACAGGAUUUCACACUUUUUUUUUUAAUGUGUAAAUUAUGUUCUUGAAAUUAGUAUGUUAGAAAAAGCAUUUUUCCAAACUGCAUUAGUGGGGGAAAAUUUAAGAAAUAUAUUUUUACUUUCACAGAGAGGUGAACUCUUCAAUAACUGACUAUCAGUAAGCUAUACUUUUACUUCCUUUUGAUUACUAAGCCUUGAGCAUACAGGUUACUUCCAGUGAAGAAGAAAAUCAGAAACAAUGUCUAGAAAAUUAAAUGGGAUUUUAUAUGUUUAAGCGUCCAAGUUUUAUUUCCAUAUCUGUUUUUUUUUCUGCAAGUACAGUUGAGAUGUACAAAAGCAUGACUACAAUUUUAGCAGUCUUAACAGGCUGUACGACUCAAAUUGAGGUUUUAUUUGUGAGCUGUUUAUUUUAUUUCAUUUUAUUAUCUAUCUGCAUCUUGAAAAUUAUUAGAUAAUGGCUAUAAUAUAAUUCUAGUUUCUGGACUAGACUCUGUAACCAUCAAAUCUCAAUAUUUUAUGUAAAACAAAAAGAAGCUUUCUCAUCUAUUCUAAUUAACUAGGCCAUUAAAAGAAGAAAGAUGUAGACAUACAAACUGACAAAUAUACUUUUGCCAAAUGUUGUUUCUUCCCUUUAGUUUGAAGCUUAGCAAGUAUUGCAUACUGAUCUGCAAUACAUAUACAAUGUAAGAACCAUAAAGACCACUUAAGAGUCGUGUGCACAAAUAAUAUGAAAAAUGGCUCAUUAGACUCUUUGAGAAACCAGCUGAAAAUCAUUACUUUAGCUGUAACACUCAGAAUCUUGAAACUCGUAUAUUUUUCCAUUAAAAAGUAUUCCUGAAAAAUUAUGUGUAUGUUUUUAAUUCAGUGAUAGGCACCCAAACAGAACUGAAUCAAGUGGGAACUUGUUCUCAAAUGUGAUUUUUCCAGGCAGAAUAGAUACCAUCGGUUCUUCAUGUACUCAUCACAAACUAAAAUUAACCAGCAACAUUCUUAGAUGAACCUUUUGCUUUCUGGGCAGAAAAACCUCAGGUUGCUGUUAGUAAAGUUAGUGGAAAAUUUGCUUUGACUUAAAAGUCCUGUGGAAAUUUCUGCAAUAUUCAGUUUUCUAGCCUUCAUUGAAAGACUGUGCAAAACAGCAAAGAUAAAACUCCUUAACCAUAUGGUCUUUUCCCUUUCACAUUGCAUAUUUUAUUUGUUUUGGGAUAUAUUGAUGGAUUUUAUCCAGCCCAAUGUUAAUGAGACUUUCACAAGGCUAGAGGAAGUAAAAAUAACUUCUGCUAUAGUAUUUUGAUUGUUGGUGGUUGUGGUAGAGCAGAUUUUUUUUGUUUCCAGAGAGGAUCAGACAGAAUAUACUGCCUUCUUUGAGAAAGAAAAAAAUAAGAAAAAAGCGCCCACAAACAGCUGACACUUGAUAAGGAUUAGAAAGGAGAUUUCAAAAAACUAUUUGGAAAAUACUGUUAGGAUGAAUGAAAAGGAGCAUAUUUUUGAUGUGAUAGAAAUGAAUGCAAACAAUGUGUGCUAAAUAUGUAUUGAAACUGAUAGUUUUUCACUGCCUUUGCAAAGCUGAAAGGGUUUUAUAGAAGAAAAGCAUCCAAGUAUGAAUUUAUUUGAACUACCACUUAAAUGUUCAUUUGCACUAAAGCAACCUGUACUGUUUGAAAGGAGAUGGGAAAACACAUCAUGUUAAACUUGUGAUUUACUUUGCUGUCUACAAGGAUGUGUUGUAAAGCUCUCAAGCUCACUGUCCAUUUUUGAGCGAGCCAAAUUCACAUUCACACUAUUUGCUUUCUGCAAAUCCAUCCACACGCCUGAAAAAAACCACAUUUUCUAGUGUUUAUAUGGAUUCUUGCUCGCAUUGACAUGCUCAUGUUAAAUCCAGAUAGGGGACAGUCUCUGCCACUGCAUGGAAAAUGACUUUUCACAGACUGACAGACUCCUUUGUACAAUUACUCCUAAAGGGUUUGAAAUCAGUGUUAACGAUAUGGAGCCCUUCAUUUUAUACCAUCUUUUACACGUACAUCAUGUUAUGCUAAUUCUCAGCCUUUUUUAAAAUAAAGUAAAAUGUUUAAUGUAAGGAUCAGUUUUGAGUAGCUAGAUGAAGGAGGAAAAUCGUGAUGUGAUGGAAAGAGAAAAAACAGGCAGAGAGCAGGAGAGAUGGCAAGUGAGUUUGACUACAUGGAAAAGUUACUUAUAAACAUAGGGGGAAGACUUUUUUCCAGUUGUUUUGUUUUCUUCUGUCAUAUAAGAUGAUAAAGUAAGACUCAUGAACGUGAUUUUGGUUCCAGAUACUUAUGCCAACUCAAGUCGUGAGUUACAGUGUACUUCUUUAACAUAGCAACAGCUCUAUUUUUUAAAUUUUGCAUAAGCUAGGGCUUUUUCUGGGUAGAUAUAAAAAAAAAAGUCUUAUGAGGCAGCUUGACAGCCGAUUAAGCUGUCCACAGAGACAGUGCCUGUAGUUCAGUUGCAGACACUGGAGAAUGUACAGCUCUGACAGUGUCUAUUAGUGUGCAAUGUUCUGCAUUAGAAGUUGACUCCUGCUGCAAAUAGAACAUUCUUUGGUCAUCCAAAAUGGCAUGGUUUUGCACACUUGGAUUUUGUUAAGGUUGUCCACAUGCAGGUUUUGCUGGAUCAGUCCAGGUGGUUCACCAUCUUACAGGAGCAAGUCUGAGGGUUUAGCAAGUGUGUCGACACCCAGUGUAAAUAAUAAUGCAAAAUCAUUUGCCAUGGGAAAAGGCUUUUGGUAGGUUGUAGAGUAGGAAUGAGCUGUCUGAGCUGCUCUGCCAACAGGAGAGCUACUGUUAACUAUUAUUAUGCCAGCUCCAAAAAGGCAGAAUAGGAAGCCUGCAUGACAUUUUGUUGUGUUCAGCCUAUGUGCAUGGGUGGCAGGGUAAGUGUUGGCACAGUUUGGUCCUUCCAUUAAGCAUGAGCAACUGGGCUUGGCACAGAGACAAACUUCACAGUUCCAGGGAUGAGAAACCUCUAAUUCUCCACAGUAGUUCUCUGUCUCUUGUUAAAUACAUAUACUGGUAGACCACUCAGCCAUUCAAGCAGUCCUUUCCUUAUCCCAGAUCAUCCUUCUGUGACACUGUGAAGGAAGUCUUGAGGAGUCUAUUCCUCAGCAGUUUGCCAGCUUUCCUGGUUCCUCUCACUGCAGCAACAGUUACCUGUCAUUUGUAUCUAACCCUGCUGGUGCUUCCACUACCACUGAAGUAGCUGUGAGCUAAAUUACUGCGUUGUGACUGUGCAGCUUCCAGUCUUGGGCAGCCAGUGAUUUGUACUCUCGUUUUUCCUUGCUUCUCAUUAGAAACAGGGAAGUAAUACAGUAGAAUAUGGUAAAAUGUGUGCUACUCUCGCACUUUUUGGUUCAAGCAAAGCAAUGAGCUGUAAUAGAUUAGAUUGAACAUAAUGUUCAGUUGAUCAGCCAAAACAACUUUGAAUUCAGAAGAUCAUUUACUAAGUACAGAAGAUCCCAUAACAACUGUCAGUGAUGCACAUUUUUACAAGAACACACAAUCAUGGCCCUGUUAUACAGAAGCUUUUAAUGGAUACAAGACUAGAAAUGCCAGCGUCCAAAUGCUUACCCCGCUUCCCCUCACCUUCCCCAAGAUCACUAUUCUCAGGAAGAGGAUUCCUCCCAGCAUUGGGUGGAGCAACUGUGAAACAGUCCCCAGCUCUCCCCCAGCUUGUGUUAAUGUAGCCAAUCAAGCUCAUUCCUUCCCUUUGGGCUAUGGCAAUGUAAAGUACAGAGCCCUGCCACAAGUACUAGGCACAAACAGACCUUAAACACCAAAAUAUUCUCAUGAGGAAAAGUCUUCCCUGGAUCUAGAGGGGAUACUAUGUUUACUGUUUCUAUGACAGUUGACUUCCACUUUUCACAUUUUAAACAGCAGUGAUACAAGAAGUCCCCUAAGAAAACUCUCCCACUACACAAAAGGGACAAUACUGAAUUAUGGACAUUCUGUGGGAAAAGACAAAAUGUUGUAUUCCAGGUAGAUUAUAUGUAUCUCAAAAAAUCAUCCUUCAUCUGUGAUAGAGAAUAAUCCACCAAAUUGGGUUUAAAAUGUAGCCUGAGUCUGCAGCAUGCUAUUUAAAUAAGUGCUUUUCUAGCAAGGCCAAAAUCUGCCAUGAUUUCUUGCAGAGACUUUAUCUUGGAGUUCCUUUUAAGAAAGGUGGCUGUAACCUACAACAAAAUGUACUUCAGAAAUUGGAUGCUGGCAAGAAGUUUAUGGAUAUGAGGCUGUAGAAGGUAGCUUAUGUAAGCUCAGGGAGGAUGUGCUGUGUGAAAGUAUUGGUUGCCAUGCACAUUUUGAACUGAAGUUACCUAUCAGAGCGUAAUUGAAGGAGUGCAGCAUCAUGAGAUUAGAGGCUUUUUCUCUUUAGAUGUCUAGCAACCCUGUGGUGUUCGAGCUCUGUUUUGUUUUGAUUUGAUUUAUUUCACCUCCCCACUGCCAUUCUCCUUUCUAUUGUGUGUAGUAAGUUGAAAAGAAAAACAUUACCUUAUAGUUUACCACCUCAAAAAGAAAGAAGGCCAGCAGUCAGAAAAUCUUGAUUACUCUGUGGUGGUCAAUAUUAAGGGAAUCAUAAUGCUGAGUUGGAAGGGCCCUAUCAGGAUCACUGAGUCCAACUCCAAGAAUCACACCAUGUGCCUAACAGUGUUGUCCAAACGCCUCUUGAACUCUGUCUGAACCAAGCUUGGUGCUGUGACCCUGGGGAGUCUGUUCCCUGGGGAGUCUGUUCCAAUGCCCAGUUACCCUCUGGGUGAAAAAUCCCCCCCCAACUCAGCUUUGAGUCCUGUCACUGGUCAUGAGAGUGAAGUUCUCUCUGUUUAGUUCCAACAAACAGAAUUCAAUAUCCACAGCAUCUGCCUUCCAUUAAGAACUGAUAAAAACCUGUCAUUCUCCACAGUGUUCAAAAUCUCUUUGCCAGGAGUUUGAACUCCCUUCCUACAACCUAUUUUGAGUCGCAGCAAUGUGAGCAAACAAAGUUUACAUUAUGAUGGUGCUUUUUGGUAAGUGAGAGCCAGUUCCAGUUGACACACGGACUGAAAGUCUCAAGUACUCUUAGCCAGGCACCAUUCAUAGGCAAGGCAGUCCCUUCUGCUAGGGAAAGAAACAUACUUUAAAAACACUUAAGAUAGGGAAAAUACAAAGGUGCCAUUUAUUUUUCCAGUAGAAUCUGUUUUCUGCACAAUGCUGUAUUAUUGUGGCACUGGAACCAAGCCCACAGGUGAACAUUCAUUUGUUCCUUGUAGUCUUUAAUUUCCUUGUAAAUUCUUUACAAGCAUUCAGAUUAAUGUAUUUAUGGUCCACUUCAUUCCAAUUAAUUUAAGUGGUCUAUAUCUGCCCUUGAAUCUCAUAUUAAUUUUAUUGUUAAUAUAAUAUUUUGCUGCAUUACUUUGAACAGCUUUAAAAGUAUAAUCUCUUUGAAUGCUCUAGUUAAAGAAAAAUUAUACCUUCAAAAUGCUGUGUUACAAGUUGGAACUGUAUACUUCGGAAGUGAUGUUUAUAUUAUAACUCCCAAAGGCAUCACAGGGUGCUUUCGUCUCUAGGUCUGUCUUCUAUUUUCUGUGUUACAGUGUGUAUUUGUACUUCCUCACUAACUUGAUACUCUUCAGUCUGAAAGCCUAAAUCUGCAAAGACAGGAAUACUGUACCUCAGCUGAGCAGUCUCACGGAGCAGAGAGGGCUUACUCGGGUGAGUGUAGUUGCUCACAAAAAGUAUUUGCAGAAAAAGGCUUUCCUUUAGGAACUAACUGUAAUUGUGAGGACACAUGGUUAAUAACAGCACCAAGACACCAGUAAAUGGGGUCUGUGUUUAUUGAUAAUGUGGACACAUUUAUCUUCAAGUUAUUUGACAUUAUUCUAAAUUAUUGCUAUUAUGAUUUAGUAUAUUAUUUUGUAUGAAAACACAUUAGUCCUGUGAAAGGGUAGUUGCAAAAAAUGUGUUGAGUCUUGUUGCUUUGUUGUUUAUUUGCAUUUAGUAUAAAUUUUGGUUGUUGAAGUGAAGCUAGCUUCUUAGAGAGGCAGGAAGAUAGAUCAAUCUGAAAAAGUCAUAAAUAAGCAUCAUACUGUGCAUUGAGUUUUGUAAUUAGAGUAGUAUAUGUGUUCAGAUUUAGCAAAUUUUAUGCUUUAGAGGAUUUUUGUUUUAAUAUGUAAAGGAAUAACCAGAUUACUUUGAAAUGCUAUUGUAGAGCUAAUUUACACAUAGUGGGGAAUUUUACACAUGUUGUCUGAAAAACUAAAAUUAGAAAACAUUACAUAGGCUGCCUUUGGCUUUAGUUUGUUUGUAGAAGGCCCAGUAGGUAUCUGUUGAUUCCAGAUGCUUAAGCCAGGGGUCAAGUUUUUGCAGCAUCUUGUAACUGAAGAAAGUUUUCUGCAGUGAUAAAGUUGCCCAUCUGGGCUUGAAGUAAGAUUGCUGCCUAAACAAAAGCAUAAAGGCAGCAAAUAUAGGUGCUGGUUUGUUUUGGGGUUUUUUUUGUGCACGGACAAUUGCAUGAAUUAGGGUUAGAGAUUCAAAGUAUUUAAAAUCAUUUAGUGUGAUUUACUCUUGUUUUAAUUCCACUGACUACAGUUAAAUUAAACCAAGAGUUCGGCCUUUUCUACAAAGUGUACAAAUUUCAGUGUCAGGCAGCUCAGGUCUAUAUUAAGAUACUUAAGCUUAGUAAAUCAGCAAGAAUACUAUAUAAAUUGUAACGUGUGAUAAAAAUCUUAACUCUAGUUACAUUAUUUCUCUAAAAAUUUCUGUUCAUUGCUUUUUUAUACAAAAGGUCAGAAUUGCACUUCUUAAUGGCAUUGGGAUAUGUGGAGAAAAGCAGGAUGCUGGUACAGAAAUGUAUCAGAAAUAAGAUUCAGUUCUUAUUGCUCCAUGUGUGCCUACGUUAGACGUGACAAAUCCCACUGAAGUUAACAGAAGUCACAUAAAGUUAAGCCUGUUUGUAACUCUCACGAGAUUCUGGUUUAAGAAUCUUCAAGAUAAGUUAUGUUCUCAAAAGGCAUUAUUAAACUUGUGGUUUCAGGUUUACAGAAUACUAUGAACAGUGACAACAGCUUCUGAGACACAUCCAGAGUAACUUGAUUAAUUGGUAUUACAUCAGACCAACAUCCAUUAGCAAAUGAAAAUCUCUCUCAGUACCUUCAUUUCUCAGUAUAAUUUUAUAAAAAAAAAAAAAAAAAAACAAAACCAAAAACAAAUAGAAAAUUAAACCGGCCUCUAUGCUGUUUGGAUUAAUUUUUUUUCUCUCUUUUUCCACCUUUUUUGUCAUAAAAUAUCAUUUUGCUCUGGAGUUGUCUAGGAUUUGAUAACUCAAGGAAAGCAUGCAAAGCAGUUUGGAAUACGUUUCUUCAUUCACCUUAGGGCAUAUAUUCAGCUGGUAAAAAUCAGCAUAGUCCUGUUGACUUCUACAGCAUUGUAUCAGUCUAUACCAGUGCAACAGUUGGCAUGUCAGGUUUUAGCAUUUCAAGUCACUUUACCUACCUACAUAUGCAGUAGGAUUCUGUUUUGCAAGAUGGAAAGUUAUACAGUGCAAACUGUACUACCUAGACUACCAUUUAUACCUAUUCACAGGACAUGAUUUCACUGUAUCAUUUCAUACUUGAAAUUCACGAUGUUCUUUUAAUCAGGGUACAAACAUGAAAAGGUGCGUGUGUUACUGUUUCUUUUAAAGGUGCAUCUUUUUUUUUUUUUUAUUCUGUGUGCUUAAUAGUUACUAGUCAGUGUUCUUCACAUUCUUUGCAUUCAGCAUUCAAAUCACCUGUGUGUGAAAUACAGUAUCACCUGCAGAGGUACAGAAAAACGUAACAGCGAUUUCUUGAAUUGUUACUCAAAUAUACUGGUUUACCUUUUAGUCAUCAAUAUGACACCAAGGGGCUACAGCAUGUGAACUGUGGUAUAUAGAAGUCUUGCACCAUUGCUGUACAGGAAAUCUUGCAGACUCUCUCUUCUUGCACAGCUGCUGAUUACCAUAUACACAUUGGAGAAAAGUGUAUUUCUGCUGUACAGAAUGGCUGGGAAGUAACACAGACACUCUGGAAACUCUUGAGCUCCCUUUGCAAGCUUUCAAACAAAGCCCUUUGAUCUAACUGCAUGCCUGUUCUGUGUCCCAAAUUUCACCCUGUGGGGCUUUCUGCUUUAAGAACACCCUCAGCUGGGGCUACUUUAUGUUGACUGCAUUGAAGUUCAUCGGAGCAUGCACCUUACCGUAUUAACAUAUUCUUUAGCUUUUGCAAGUUUGUAAAGAUGGUUGACUGCAAAACUAAUGUGUCAAUACAGCAGAAUUAAAUUAAGGCACACAGAAAGUUAUCAAUAAUGUAUUAUAUCAGAAUUACAGUCCUUUGGAACUGAACGUUUUGCUGCUGGCAGUGCAAGAAAAGCAAAGUUGUGUAUUUAUUGUUGGGUGCUGAGGGUUCAGUAUGAAAAUCAAUAUAAUAAAAAUUUUCACAGUGUCUAGUUCUCUUUAGUUCCCAAAUUAUUGAAAAGUAAAAAGGCAAAAAAUUAGUUUUGUAUUUAAAACUGCUUCACCCUUCUAGCUAUAUUUUUCUUUUAUCUAAAAAUGUAAAAUGAAUACAAAUUCAGUAAGUAUUGUAUAUUAAAUACAGAAAAUUGGCAA